AUGGCAAUGAUGGUGAGGCCUCUGACAAUUGCCAUUCUUACCUUCACCUGCAUGGUCCUUGGUUCAUCAACUCCUGCUUCUGCCCGCGGCAAAGGAGAUGGACGUCAUCUUCACGUCGAUCUCUAUAAACAUACUUGUCCCAAGGCUGAGCAAAUCGUCUCCGACACCGUCAGAGAAGCCAUCAUUUCCGAUCCUGGUGUUGCCGCUGCCCUUGUUCGCCUCCAAUUCCAUGAUUGUUUCGUCAAUGGGUGCGAUGGUUCAAUCUUAUUAAAUGAAACCCCAUCAGGAGAACCUAUAGAGAUGAAGUCACCAGCAAACAACAAUGUACGAGGAUUUGAAGUCAUCGACGAGGCAAAAACUCGUCUAGAGAAGGCAUGCCCCAACACAGUUUCCUGCGCUGACAUUGUGGCAUUCGCCGCCCGUGAUGCCUCCGUAGCUUCCGGUCUUAGCCACUACCUCGUCCCAGGCGGCCGCCGUGAUGGGCUCGUUUCCCGAGCUAACGACACCAGAGGGAACUUACCCAAAUCCACCAGCAAUGUGACUGAGAUGGGUAGGGUGUUUGCCAAGAAGGGGAUGAACUUGUUUGAUUUGGUGGUAUUGUCAGGAUCACAUUCCUUCGGAGUCACUCAUUGCUCUGCCUUCGAUUAUAGGCUCUACAACUUUAGUGCAGUUCAAGCCAUGGACCCACAACUCGACCGACUCUAUGCUUACACUCUAAAGCUAGCUUGUCCAGAGGUGAAGAACAGAGAUGCUCAGGUACACCUCGAUCACGUCACCCCUACAAGACUUGAUAACUUCUUCUACGUCAGACUCUUGCUUGGGAGAGGUCUGCUUUAUUCGGAUCAAGUGCUGGUGGAGGACCCCAAGACUCGUGAGAUAGUAGAGAUGAUGGCCAACGAUCCUAACAUGUGGAAUAGGGAGUUUGGAAAAGCCAUGAUUCGGAUGAGUAGGGUUGGUGUGCUAACUGGACAACAAGGAGAGAUCAGGAGGAAUUGUCGAUUUGUUAACAAAUGA